CUGAAACAGCAACAACAACAGCAGUAGCUAAAGUGCAGACAUAAACAAUGUAAUAAUGCCAGUGACUGCAACUGAGCAAACGUCGAAAGCCGCAAAGUCAAAAAUGCUUGUGGGAAAUGCGGAAAGCAGCGCAGUAACAAUGACACUGACAGCGUCAGCGACAGAGAGAGAUACAGCAACAACGACGUCAAAAUUAAGCAAUCAAGAUAAUCAAAAUAAGCGCGUCCCUGCAAGCGGUGAUCAUAAGUAUUUAAGGCACGCAAUGCUUGGAAAUUUUAAUCAACAAAAUGUGUUGUGGCGAGCCAAGCAGAAGGCCAACAACAAGAACAACAACAACGACAAUGAUAUAAACAGUUUUUGUGGUAACGCGGGUGAGCUGCACAACGGACAACGACUAUUGAGGUUAAAUGGUGAGAUGAACUAUGUCAACAACAUGCAGCAAGCGACAGCAACAACAACAGUAAGAGGAACACGAAAUGUAUGUGAAAUGAAAGUGAAUGAUGCCAGCAACAUGCAUACUUUCAAUAACAACAAUACUUCAUGCCAGCAUGUCAUGAAUUAUGAACAACGCCAUGAUAAUGAAGAAUCUCUCAGCUCACAAUUUCAGUUGCCAAUGGCUUGCAACACAAUACCUACCACACGCACCGCCACGUCAGCGGCUGCAUUAUCAGUGGCGGCAAUUUCGACACGCGAGUCCGCAUUGCUUAAGGGACCAGCAGGAACAAGAAAAACAACAUCAACAUCCAGUUGCACUGAGCUCCUGCCAUUACCACCACUACAACUGCAAACAUCACCACUACCACGACCACCACCAACGCUUGUAGCGCAGCCAUUGUUGAGUCACACAGUCGGUGUAAAAAUGUCGACUAGUCGUUGUGGCACUAAUGGUGCGCUUGAUGGUGGCUUUGGCAAUAAAAUGCACAGCGAUAGUGGAAGUAUGAGACGCAGAAAAAGAGGAAGAAGAAAACAUUUCUCACUCAAGCGUCCAAGCUACUUUAAGCGCACAAUGAAAAUAGAAAGUCAAAGUGAAAACGCCAAAAUAAAUGCAACAAUGCAACCGAGUGUGGCUAAAAGCAUCUCAAAAGCAACAACACUAAAUUUUGGCGUAUUGACGUCAUUCAUUUUAAAUUCCACAUUGCUGGCGCUGUGUAAUGCCACCGCAGCGACUGCACUGUCAGCAGUGGUGGCGACUCUUAGUGAAACUAUAAGCGACUAUGCGGAUGCUGAUCCUCAACUUCCGCUUGAUAGCGACGCUUGGAGCAAAAUGCAAAAUAUGAGCUUUACCAAUGCUAAUGACAGUUUCGAUGCAAUUGGUAGAUUGGCUUGGAGUAACGGCAGUUUCAAUGGUAGUGAUAUGAGUUUUAACAACAGCGACGCGUUGGAGGAGGAGAAAGAUCGCGAGUAUAUUUUCGAUCGCAUAGAUGUACGAAUAAUAUUCAUAACACUGUAUACGUUGGUGUUUUGUUGCUGUUUUUUCGGAAAUUUGCUUGUGAUACUCGUCGUAACCUUAUCGCGGCGCUUACGCUCAAUAACGAACUUCUUUCUGGCAAAUUUGGCAUUAGCUGACUUUUGCGUUGGUCUAUUUUGUGUGUUGCAAAAUUUAUCAAUUUAUCUUAUAGAGAGCUGGGUUUUUGGCGAAUUCCUCUGCCGCAUGUAUCAGUACGUGCAUUCGCUCAGCUACACUGCGUCGAUUUUCAUACUCGUCGUCAUAUGCAUGGAACGAUAUUUCGCGAUUGUCCAUCCGAUUACGUGCAAGCAAAUUUUAACCGCCGCGCGAUUGAGGUUGGCCAUCUUAGUCGUGUGGGUCGCCUCAGCAAUUUAUUCCACGCCAAAAUUCAUAUUUAGCAAAACCAUCAAGAAUAUUCAUACCAAAGAUGGGCAAGAGGAAGAGAUUUGUGUGCUUGAUCGCAUGAUGUUCAACUCGGUAAUAUUGGAUAUGAUCAAUUUUGUUCUUCUCUAUGUUAUACCGCUGCUGGUAAUGACGGUGCUUUACAGCAAAAUUGCCAUCGCUUUGUGGCGUAGUUCGCACGGCCUUUCGCACCAUUCAGUCCCACAGCAUCAGCAGCAGCAGCAGCAGCAGCAGCAGCUUCAACAGUCACAACAACAGCAAGACGAAAGCAUGAGUUUGCAUAAUAGCAUGUAUCAUCAUCAACAUCCUCAUCCGCAUCCCCAUCAGAGCAGUCAUCACCAUCAUCAUCAUCAUCACGUGCAACAUAAUCAUCAUCCACUGCAGACGGCUGCGCAUAACAUCAAUCAUCAUCACAAUCAUUUACAGCAGACACAAACCGCGCAACCGUUAUCAGGCGUUGCAUUGACGAGUACACCUGUAGUGGGCGUGGUUGGUAUGAGCAGCGGUGAUGUUGUCAUUUGUGGUGCCGCCAGCCAAACGCGCGGUUUAUUGUCGCGUAAGCAGAGCAGCAAAUACGAGAAGCGCGGCGUAAGCAUCACUGAGAGUCAGUACGAAGGCAGCCAGGUUUCACUCGAUUCCGACCGACCCAUUGUAUCGGCAUGCCGCAACGGCAGCAACAACAAUGGCAACAGUAGUGGCAUCAGUGGUGGCAGCAUGAAUAGUAACCACAAGAGUAGUUUUAUGCAACAUCAUCAUCAUUCGUCAGCGCAUCCGCAUCCGCAUCAGCGAACGCGUGUCACCCAUACGCCGCACUCAUCGAAUGGUGUGUUGCGCGCCAGACGCGGCGUAGUGCGCAUGCUGAUCAUUUUCGUGCUAACCUUUGCUUUAUGUAAUUUGCCCUAUCACGCGCGCAAAAUAUGGCAGUACUGGUCACAUUCAUAUCGUGGUGAUUCGAAUUUUAAUGCACUGCUUACGCCGCUCACCUUUCUCGUCAGCUAUUUCAAUUCGGGUAUUAACCCGCUGCUGUACGCCUUCCUAAGUCGCAACUUUCGCAAAGGUAUGAAGGAGGUGUUGUUAUGCACAUGGAAGAAGGGCAAAGGAAAAUCGUCAUCCAAUUCAUCUGUGCAUCACAAGAGGGCCGCACUGCAGGUAACCCAUUCGCUACCAACUGACACAACGCACAUUGGCAACGAGCAACUAUGAUGGCCCAUACGUCGCAUUCGCGUGCAUCGCCGAGUUUUUGGCGCACGUUCUUAAGCAUUUACCAGCGUACGAUUUGGACGGCUACCAAUUUACAGUUAUAACUGGUUGGCGUGAAUUGUAGCAUACAACUACAAACGAGUAUGGAAUUUGAAGUGAAAAUCAAAUAAACAAUAGCUGUGUUAUAGCUUUUUGUAAAUGUUAUAGAUUUAAGCAAAAUUUUAUCAAUGUGAUGUUUUUAUGCUUCGAAGAUGCUUAGUAAAGUAGUAAUUUUAAAUAAAAUUAGUAAUUCAAUAUAUAGGUUUUAAGCUUUCAGUCUUUUAAACCAAAUUUAUAAGUAGUGUACUUACAAUACAAAAAUUUGUUUAUAAAAAAAUAUACAUUGAAAUCUAGUCACAAACUACGUUUUUGCUUGUAAAUAUGCUGAACUCCACAUUACCGUCAUGAGUAGGAUAUUAUUAAGUAGCGGCUACUCACGGUGCGCUGUGAAGGGAUAUAUUGGACUGAUCUGGAUUUUACAAGCUUUGAAAGAUGUCGCGAUUUGAAUGUGGAAGUUGUGAGAGAAUUGCUUUGUUAGGCGCGUAAUAAUUAAAAAAGAAAUUGUAAUAUAUAAUUUUGAUAUUUAUAGAAAAAUAAAAAAUUUCAAUACCUAAUUUUGAUAUUUAUAGAAAAAUAAAAAAUUCAUCAUUUGAUAUUGAAAAGAUAAGUGACAAGGUUCGUUUACUCAAGGGCAUGUUUGCAUAGUGAACAAUGGCAACAAUACUCAAGUAUGUUGAGUAUUGAGUUAGGUUAGGCUAACUUAUCUUAUCAACACUUGUCGCCCAUAGGCUAGAGCUGGUCUCCAAUAUUGAAAAGUUAGUGUAAGGUGGAGAGCGCUUUUGAUUGCAAUAGUGAUGACCUAUUACGCGAAUUUUAGCGAAAUAUUGUUCAAACAGAUUUAAGAAGACAGUUCAGCGCUUUUUUUAACAAAACCUUGCUUAUGAGUCGUAAUUUUGCUAUUUCGGAUGAUGUAAAACAGUGUCUCGUGGGUAACCGAACUACUAGUAUGCAAUUUACUCUUGACAAGUUUAAAAGGAAGUUGAUGGCUUUUAACUGUAAGCGCGAAACAUUGGCAGUCCUCCAGGAUGUACUUAAUAUGCCUAAAUAAAAAAUAGGUAAUCAAGAACAACUUAUUUCUGCUACGGACUUAAGGGGAUAGAUACCUGUAACCAGCAUAUUUUCCCUGAUUUUCAUUAAAAUUAUUUAAAAUGAAGAAGUCAAUAUAUUUUUUUCAAAAUUGGCAUACAGUUUAUUUAUACAUUAAAAUAAUAUAAAUUUUUUUUUAAUUUUAAUCAUUUAAAAUGGCGGAUGCACACUCAAUUCUUCUAGGAAGGUCGCAGCGGGGCUUCUUAGUAGGCGGGCAUUGUAGCAUCGGCGUCAGCGACCUGAAUAUAGAAAACUAAAAAUUUGUUUGCUUAUUAAUGUCAUAAUUUCUAUAUGAAUGAAACAAAAAUUAAAAAAAAACAAAAUUCGCGGAAUAAAAUGCUUCAAAAAAAAAUGAAUUUUGGUUCGAAUUUUCUAUUUGUGUUUCGAAAAAUUUUCAAAAAAUUGUAAAUUCUCAUAGAAAGUAAUAUCAUAAAAAAUAUGUGUGCAAACUUUCAGGUAGAUUGGUCAAUAAAUUUUCGAGUAAUCGUGUACGCCAAUUCGAAAAAUAUUGUUUUGAAAAACAUCUCUAAGAUUUGAAUACAUGAAAAUUCAACCUCUUCCAGCGCUCGAACGCAAAGCAUAAAGUUGUUACGAUUGACGAUUUAUAAUAUAAGAAAUACUCAAAUUUACGUUUUAAUUUUCUUUUGACAUAUUCUUAAAGGAUUAUAUUAACAUUUUAUGAAAACAAAAAAUUUUUUUUUUUCGAAAUUUUACAGGUAUCUGCCCCCCUUAACGCAUAUCUCUGGCUAGAAAUUCACUUUCACAUUUCUGGCUUCAGGCUUUGAAAAUGCGAGAAGUAUUUUAAGAAACUCUCAAGGCAAGAAUGCAGCAAGUCGACCCUAAAUGCUAUUCACUAUCUUUGUGAAAUUUAUACUAUUUCAUUAGAUCAAUAAAACAUUGUAAGAAUUUUGAUUAUGACUGAAAACUAUUUGCUAGUUUUUUCUAAAAAGUGACUUUAAUUUACUCGAAUCGCAUUUUUGCAUAUCUUUCCAAUUUGAGGCUACAGCGAGGAUAGAGAAUAAAAGAAAUUUUUAUUUCAUGUAUACUACGAUAUUUGUUCGAAAUCUGAGCCGAAUAAUUCCCAGAUAGUCAGCCCCUUGUUACGCUAUAUUCUGCUAUAGCAGGACCAGAGCUGCUCGAGUUGCUGGUUUGCGUUAAGCUGAAGAAUUUUCAUAUUUUCUAGGAGCACCUCCUCUUGGUAGCGCGGGCAGUUUGAGCUGCCAGCUCAGCUGGUACACAGCGCACAUUUUUCAUCAUUUUUGCAGCUUGUACCUGGUGGAUUUCCUUACCACAUUGCCUGCAAAGUUUGGCAUCUGUAGCACCGUCUCGGUGGUGUAAUUUCUGCUAUUCGACACUGCUACUGAACUAUCCUACAUUGAGAUGCUUCAGCACCUUUUUAGCAUUCUCUGCUCGCAGGAAUAAAUACAUGGACUGUGUACUUCCAGAAAUGGUGCGUGUGCUUCUUAUCGCCGAUUUCUUUAGAUUCUCACUUGUUUGUAACCGCCUCAAACAGCUCUUCCUCCGUGUUCAGGUCAGUGAUAAGACUUUUACAUUGGAUUGCGAUUGUAUGCGGCUUCAGGUUCACCGAUGCUACAACAUCGAGCGCAUUUUCAAAAGCCGUUUGGCAACUACUCUUCUCUACAUUCUUGCCCUUUUCAUGUCA